UUGCAUGUUUCAUCGCCGACGCUCAAUGGUCACGGGUUGGAGAUUCUGGUGCUGGAGAUGGACCCGCCUUCGAUGGAUGCUGCACCUGGGGAGGAGGGAUUGGAGAGUGCGGCUUUGGUUCCAACCAUGGAGAUUCCUACCUCGAGUACUGGGAGAUACACACCAGUUACGACACCAGUUCACAAAGCAUUGGUGGUUGCAGAUGGCAUAGUGGGGGCUGCUUCGUUGAUCUCCCAACCCAUUGAUGUCGAACGAGAUAUCAUUGGAACAGCAGUGGAUCUCCGCAUAGAGAGUGACGACGCGGGCCUCCCCUUUCAUAUUGUCGAUAUUGCAACGGGAUCUAAGGCUCUGGAGCUCUUCCGUGAAAGCGUUGACAAUUCUUUGGAAUACGAACGAAAUUGGUACAAGUCUGGAUUGCCAGCCAUAUCAGAGUGGCUGAAAACUGGGACCUCCCGGACAGAAGGAACCAUGAAAAUGCCAUUAAAGAACUUGAUUGAGUCCAUCCUUCGCAAUGCUACUCUCGCAAUCGAAGCCGAGCAAUCACGCCAGCUAAACGCAGUACUCGUGGACAAGGUAUCAGCUUCAAAACUCGAUUCCCUCCGCGUCGGACUCGCUCAAUGGGCCGAACGUUCGCAUACCGAGCUCCGAGAUCAACUAGACAUUGCCUUUGGUGGCCAAAGAUGGAGGAAGCUGGGUUGGUGGAAACUUUUCUGGCGGGUUGAUGAUGUCUCCAUGAUAGCGUACGAUAUCCUUAGCCAGAGAUUCUUGAUCGAGGCUGAGAAGGAGAUCAUAUUCUUUGCUGGACGGCUAGAGGAAUCAGGGCUGUUCAAGGAGAAUUCUGUGCCAGCCAAAAUCAACUGGGCAUACAAACCUAUAUCCGAAGAGUGGGUUGGCUCAGGACCUCCGCCUCCUAAAAUCCAAGAUCUAGUUGGAUUGCCGAACGAUGAUGUGCCAGUCAAGAGUCCACCAAAGCCUUGGCCCCUCCACAUCCCUGCGGCCAGGACAUUCCUGUCUGUAGAGAGCGUUCCCGCGCUUCAGGCCUUGGCACAGAAGCUCGUUCUCCAAACUUUAACAACCUCAACAUUCACUAGCGCAUUGGCGGGGCUGAUGUACAUCUCCACGUUAUCUACUACUGUAUACGAGGCUGGUGCCAUUGCUGCAUUGGGCAUCGUCUGGAGCCUGAAGAGGAUGCAAAAGAAGUGGGAGACAGCCAGGAAGUUUUGGGAGGGGGAAGUCAGAGAAGAGGGGAGGAAAGCAGUGAGGGAGGUUGAAAGUGCUGUUGGAAACGCCCUCACUCAGACGACGGAUAGACCAGUGGACUCCAAUGGAGGCGAGGAGUUUAAACUGGCAAAUGAAGCUCUGAGGAAGGCAGAAGUUGCUCUUAAGUCUUGUAAAUAG